AGAGCGGAGGGGCUUGUCAUCUGACUCGGCUGUCAGUGCCACCGCCCUGGCGACGCGUCACCUGAUCCGUGGGGGCGGGAUCACAUGCCCGGUCCGGUUCCGGUUCGGCAGUAGUUCCCCCUUUAAACUCCCCGAGUCGCCGAGCUGCUGCCACGAUGUCGGCAUUCCCCGAGCUCUACUUCAACGUGGACAAUGGCUACUUGGAAGGCUUGGUCCGGGGCCUCAAGGCCGGGGUGCUGAGCCAGUCGGAUUACGUCAACCUGGUGCAGUGCGAGACGCUCGAGGAUCUGAAACUACACCUCCAGAGCACAGACUAUGGGAACUUCCUGGCGAAUGAGGCAUCCCCACUCACAGUGUCAGUCAUUGAUGACAAACUCAAGGAGAAGAUGGUGGUAGAGUUCCGCCACAUGAGGAAUCAUGCCUAUGAACCACUGGCCAGCUUCCUGGACUUCAUCACCUACAGCUACAUGAUCGACAAUGUCAUCCUGCUGAUAACAGGGACCUUGCACCAGCGUUCCAUUGCUGAGCUUGUGCCCAAGUGCCACCCGCUAGGCAGCUUUGAGCAGAUGGAGGCCGUGAACAUUGCUCAGACACCAGCAGAAUUAUAUAGCGCUAUCUUAGUGGACACCCCACUUGCUGCGUUCUUCCAAGACUGCAUCUCCGAGCAGGACCUUGACGAGAUGAACAUCGAGAUCAUCCGCAACACUCUGUACAAGGCCUACCUAGAGUCUUUCUACAAGUUCUGCGCCUUGCUGGGUGGCACCACUGCAGAUGCCAUGUGUCCUAUCCUGGAGUUUGAGGCUGACCGCAGAGCCUUCAUCAUUACCAUCAACUCAUUUGGCACCGAGCUCUCCAAGGAGGACCGGGCCAAGCUGUUCCCACAUUGUGGGAAGCUCUACCCUGAGGGCCUGGCCCAACUGGCCCGUGCCGAUGACUACGAGCAGGUCAAGACUGUGGCUGACUACUACCCGGAAUAUAAACUGCUCUUUGAAGGGGCUGGCAGCAAUCCUGGCGAUAAGACCUUGGAGGACCGAUUCUUUGAGCACGAGGUGAAGCUGAACAAGCUGGCCUUCCUCAACCAGUUCCACUUUGGUGUCUUCUAUGCCUUCGUCAAGCUAAAGGAGCAGGAGUGCCGUAACAUUGUGUGGAUUGCCGAGUGCAUUGCCCAACGCCACCGGGCCAAGAUUGACAACUACAUCCCCAUCUUCUAGCUCCCUCUUCUGAUCCCCCGUUUACUGUCCUUUGGCCACGAUCCCAAGAGGCCCCUGGGGAAGGACAGUGGGGCUCCAUGUGUAUGUGGGUCCUCGGGAGCCCUUGGUACUGGGCAUGUGUGUAUUUGUAACUCAGGCACUGUUCUGGCCUGUUCCAUAUGCACUUACUGCUGCUGAAGCAGGGCUACCCCUUCCUUCCUCCUCCCCACCCCGGCCUUUGUCCUCUGGAGCUGUGUCAGGGCUAGAGUGGUAGGGGUCUAAGAUCCUGGCAUCAUGCCCCACAAGCAGCCUCUAUAACUUCUGUGUUGUUAAAACCCCUGCCCUAAGAAAAAUGGAUACAGGGGUCCCCCUGUCCUGAUGUUUACAGCUGUUAAAGGCAUCUGAGAAGCAUGUGGUCACUUUGAUACCCUCUCCUCCCCCUCCUUCAGGAAAGCCAGCUUGACUGCCCCCUGUCUUCCCCUUUCCUCUCAGUUUCCCCAAGGCCCUGUCCCUAGUGGAAAAGUGAUAUGUACAUAUUAGAGGCAGGGGAGUACCCUGCAUACUAAUCCCUCUCCCUGACAUACACACAUACAUAUAUACACACAUCCCCAGACCUUCCCCUACCAGCAUGAGCCAGGGCUCUGGCUCUAGAAACUAAGGAGCCUUUCCUCUCCCUGUCACCCUCAGCUAGGAGGCUUUGGUACAGAAGUCAGGGGCUGUGCAGGCCUUCCUCCACUGAAUGGGGUAUCUCUCUUCUCUCAAACUCACCCUGAGUUUUUGUGUUUCUCCUAACAAUAAAACUGCCCACUCUGUGA